AAAUGAAUCCAUUCAAAGCUACAACCUGUCACACACAAAUCAAGAAUUACAUUUGACCAUUACUAAUUCUAUUAUAUAAGAAUUACACCAUAAACGAAUACAUUCAAAGCUACAAGGUGUCACACACAAAUCAAGAAAUGACAAACACCCGCUUCAUCUCCACCACCAGCAUUCAACCAGCAACUGCUGAUAAAGAGCUUCCUCAAAGAAUCGAGUUGACUCCAUGGGAUCUGGCACUCCUCCUUGCAGAUCCAAUCCAAAAGGGUCUUCUCUUUCACAAACCCACUUCCCAACUUCCGACAAACACUUUGAUUCACCACCUUAAAUCCACCUUUUCCGCUACCUUAGAUAUAUUUUACCCUCUAGCUGGUCGUCUCGCUUUGGUUCAAAACGACGACGUUGAUUGCACCUCUUCAUUUUUUCUUCACUGCAAUGGUGAAGGAGCCCAGUUUCUACACGCUUCUGCCAAUGACAUCACUGUGGCUGAUAUUCUUCAACCCCUCAACAUUCCAGACGACAUCGUUGACUCUUUCUUUCCCAUGAAUGAAGUAUCGAACUAUGAAGGGACUUCCAAACCCUUGCUAGCAGUCCAAGUGACCGAGCUGGUGGAUGGAAUCUUCAUCGGUUGCACGAUCAACCACACCGUUCUCGACGGAACAUCCUUCUGGCAUUUCUUCAACACUUGGUCUCGAAUCUCUCGCAGCUGCGGCGGUGGUGAUGAUGGUGAUGGUGAUCGAGUUUCAGAGUUUCCUCCGGUUUUUGACCGACGUCAGUAUCUGCACGGUAUCGUUGAACUCCCACUUCGGAUUCCUUUUCCGCGCUACAACGAAAUCCCCAAGAAGCCUACACCGCCGCCAUUGAAACAAAGAAUGUUCCAUUUCUCUAGAGAAAGAAUUGCACAGCUUAAAGCAAAAGCCAAUGCAGAGAUGGAAACCGAUAAGAUCUCAUCUCUUCAAACGCUCAUGGCUCAUCUUUGGAUAUCCAUAACCCGUGUCCGAAAUCUCGAAAAGGAUGAAUCGGUCACUUAUGGGAUAACGAUGGGUAUGAGAGGGAGAACAAAGCCUGAAUUGCCACAACACUAUUUGGGAAACUCCAUUAAGCUUGAGAUCGUAAAGACCACCGCCGGCGAGCUCCUAGAGAAUGGAUUAGGAUGGGCGGCGUGGGAGAUGAACAAGGUGAUAGCUUCGCAAACGUCAGAGGAAGUGAGAAAGUUCAUAGAGGAUUGGGGAAAAAACCCUGUAGUAGUAAAUCCUGGGCAAGUGAUUCAAAGUAAGUGUACAAUGUUAAUAACAGGUAGUUCACCAAGGUUCAACGUGUAUGGAAAUGACUUCGGUUGGGGAAAACCAAUUGCUGUUCGAAGCGGUCCUGGAAACAAGCUCAACGGCAAGUUAACUGUAUUUCCUGGAGCUGAACAAGGAAGCAUUGAUUUUGAAGCUUGUCUUUCGCCUGAGAUACUGCAGGCUUUGGUGGAAGAUGCAGAGUUCAUGGAGUUGAGAUACUAACCACAUCAUAGUCUGUCAAAAAAUUUGACUCAGUUUUUUUUCGUUUAAAAAAAAUAAUAAUAAUAAUAAAUCGACCGAGUUGCUUGGACUAACAUUGUCGAUUAAUUUUCUUUUUUGUAUUAUGUCAUGUGGUGAGUUGCUACACGCAUUUACUUUUCAUACAUUGUAGAAUUUGAUGUUGUUAUAAUCCGUAUAUUACCAUGAGGCAAAGGGAAAUUAAAAUAAAAGCAUAUGCAUGAGAUGUGCAAUUAGUUA